UCGGGCAGCUUUAUAAAACCGCCUUGAUCCUGGAAACGAAAACAGUCCCGACAGACAUAAAGACAGGCAGGAAGACAGACAGCUGCCGACACCAGGAGAGCCAGGAGCCACCGAGCGCACUGAGCCUCACCUUUGCACCGGAGCGGAGCGCGCGGACCGUCCCGCUGUUGUUGACGUCGCCUGUCGGUAGAAACGAGCGGAGCGGAGCGGGAGGCUGCUGCCGCCGCUGGAGCUACACUGCAACGCAUCUGCGCAGCAGACAGCAACGAAGAGGCUGAAAAAAACGUCGCAGUGUUUCUAAAAUGCCGUUAGCCGUUAACGGCAUCCUUUGCACGCUCGCGCUGCUGGUCCUGUGGCGGUCGGAGGAGCUCGCGGAGGCGUGCAGCUGCGCCCCGGUCCACCCGCAACAGGCGUUCUGCAACGCCGAUGUAGUGAUUCGAGCAAAGGUGGUGGGAGAGAAAGAGGUGGAUUCUGGGAAUGAUAUUUACGGGAACCCCAUCAAGAGGAUCCAGUAUGAGGUCAAACAGAUCAAGAUGUUCAAGGGACCUAACCAGGACAUCGAGGCUGUCUUCACUGCUCCUGUGUCCGCUGUCUGUGGAGUUACCCUGGACGCUAAUGGCAAGAAGGAGUACCUGAUCUCAGGCAAGGCCGAGGCCGGCGGGCGCAUGCAUGUGACCCUGUGUGAUUACAUCAUGCCCUGGGACACCUUGAGCAACACCCAGAAGAAAGGCCUGAGCCAGCGCUACCAGAUGGGCUGUGAAUGCAAGAUCGUGCGCUGCCCCUCUCUGCCCUGCGAGAUCUCAGCUCCUGAGGAGUGUCUGUGGACGGACCUGAUGAUCGAGAAGCAGGUUUACGGACGCCAGGCCAACCACUACGCCUGUAUCAAGAGGGCGGACAACUCCUGCUCCUGGUACCGUGGCGUCUCAUCGCCCAAGAAGGAGUUCCUGGACGGCGAGGAGCCUUAAUCACACCUGGCUGCGCACUGCGAAAAUAAAUGUAAAUGAUUCCAUUGAAAUUCUUAAGAUCAGGCAAAGAGAUUUUUUUGAUAAAAAAGUUAAACUAAUGUGACUUAAAAUAACCUGCUGGUCUGAAAACAACCUUCGGCCUCUCUUUGUGUUCGUUUCAGUCAGAAAAGGCAACAUUUCAACCUCAGCGUCAGCUGAUUACAAAGAGGCUCAGAGGUUGUUCUCAGACACAGCGUCUAUAAAAGCAAAUAAAAUAGCAUCAUGAGACAUAGACUGGUCAAGUGAUGAUGUAACUUCCUCCUGAGGCUGGCGUCAGGAGGAUUUAAACUCCUCGGUGAGACAGAGCACUUCCUGCCCCGCGAAGCUCUUUAAACGGCUCUGCUCUCCGACUCCACCAAUCAAACCCCCCCCCGGCUCUACAACGGACGAUCAUUCGUUACCCAUCGUGUUUCUACUUUUAUUACCUCAUUCUCCAUUUUAUUCCAAAGCCAAAUUCCAAGUUGCCUUUUUUUAAAUGAUUGUCUCCCUCUCUCUUUCUCUCUCUCUCUCUCACUCUCUCGCUCACUCACUCUGCGAACACUUAAUUAGUUAAUCUCUCGUCUUCUCUGCUGAGAGCUGUUUGGCCACUGGUGACGUCGGACACCCACGACACGCUUUAACUGUCUUUCUUUAAAAAAAGAACAUGAGUCAUCUUUGCAUGGCUGAUCUCCUCCUGGUGAAAAUCUUUUUCUCGUGGUGAUUUUGUCAUUUUUUUCUAACUGAAGCCUGUGACCGUCGCAGGCCUCACUGGACCAGUCUAUGCAGCGUAAAAAACAAAACAAAAAAAAAACAAAAAACAGAUGAACGCUCUAAAUUUAAACCUGCUCUGAGGUUAAAAUCACAGAAAACAAAAAUCGGAAAACCCAAAUUUCUCCUCAUCUCGUCUUCAUCCCUCCCAACCUCGUUUGCCCCACUAUGUAGCUGUACAGUACCUAUGCAUAUACUUUUGUUGUUACUUGAUGAUUAUUAUUUACUGCAUUAGAACUAGAUUUGCACUUUUUGAGGAUGAGUUCCAGUAAAGACAAGAGCCUGAACACUCUGAUGUGACAGAUAAUAUAACGCCCAGACCGACAGAUCCACCUCAGGUGCAGAUUUUUACCUAUUUUGAGUGCUUUCAGUGGUCCAUAUUCACAAACGCGAGCUUAUUCUUGCUAUUUCUCAUAAACAGAUAGAAUAGUACGUGCAAUGAAAGGGGGGAAAAAACAAAAAGCGUGAGAGGUUUCGGGAUAUAAGGGAUCUUUUUGCAGAUUUUAUGUGUGAAAGGGAAACAAAAGGAGCUCGUGGGAUGUUAUUUCAGUGUCUUUGUAUUGUCUGUUGAUUGUAAAUGCCAACAGCAGUUUCAUGAUUUGCCAAUAUAUCCUCGCAAGACGGUUAAUUUCAUGAGUAAUACGGUCGUUACACGCUUAAUGUUAGCUCGUCUUUCCUGCUCCUUCCAGUUAUUAAUGAAAGCUUUAUCGCCGUCAUAGAAAGCAAGUUACUCAAUCGAAGUUUACAGUGCUGUUUUAUACACCUCAAGCUACAUUAACAAAAAAAAUAUAUAUAUGAUGGAGUAUUAGAGGCAUAAUUUAAAAGUAAACUCUUUCCAUUUUCCAUUACUUUGUAUUUUUUCAGUGUUAUAAUUAUACCUGUCAUGAUUUUUGUGUGUUUUUCUCCGCUGUCUUUGUCUACGAUGUCUGUAGCUGUAGUGUCGAGUUCGAGAAGGUCCUCUUGCGCUGGAGUAACGUGAGAGUGAGAGAGAUUAAUCCUUUCUGGGGAGGUGUGGAGGAAAGAGAAAUGGGUACCUUGUGUGAAUAGAGGACUGUGCAUGUGUUUGAUGCUUUGUGUAAGUCCGGGCGAAGGACAAAAUAUUCAGUAUUAUCAAAUAAAAAAAAAAAAACACGUUUGAAAGAAAGA